UACAACAACAUCCUUGCACGCGCUUCAGGUCUGCGCCCUAGAUUUCUUCUGUUGUAUCCCUGCCUCAUUCAGCAAAUUGUCAUACGACAAAGUCCAGAAGUGCUCAUCAUGGCUGAAGUUACUGAAAGAAUCCCUCGAGCAAUCACCAUUGAAGCUCGAAUCCAACAGGCCAGAGUGAGCAGAUCUCAACCGACUGGUAGUAUACGUACCCCACUCAUGAAACAUGCCAAGUUGUUGGUUAAGGCUGAAGGACUGUUCACCAAGGGAAUGGAGCUGCUGAGUCAAAUCCGAGCAGAACAUGACAAGUUUCUCACAGAUUAUCUGCAAUGUGGGGGAGAACAUGACCCGGGCACUGAAGAUGGAAGAAAUAUGGACAAAGGCAAAGACAAAGUGGUCGAUGAUAGUGAGGAAGAAGUAGACUAGGGAACAAGCACUGAAUUUAAUUAAUGUCUCGCACUGAAUUUAAUUAAUGU